AUGACUUCAAAAAUGCAGUACAACCUUGUGGUACAUUUGACCGUGUUUUUGUCUGCUUUAUUUGAAACAGUUCAUGUACAUUAUGGAUAUGUCCAAAUUCUCUGUCGAACUGACUCUCAACAAAACAUCGAAUUUAUCUUCUCGGUCACCUACAACAUGAUAGAAUAUCUGAGAUACAACAGCACUGAGGAUAUAGUUAUUGGUUACACUGAAUUUGGAAAGAAAUGGGCAGAGGACUACAAUAAAAACAAGGUUUUACUUGCACAAGCAGAAUUUGCUCUGAACCAAUGCAAAGAAAUUGGAAAGUUAAUUGUCCCUAAUGCAGGGAUGACAGUACAACCAGAAGUCAUUAUCCGGUCAGACAAGGAAGCUAUUGGGAAUCAGAAAGCUGUUCUGGUGUGCAGUGCCUAUGACUUCUACCCCAAACCCAUCAAACUGACGUGGAUGAGGGAUGAUAAAGCGGUGGCAGCUGAUGUGACCUCCACUGAGGAGUUGGCUGAUGGAGACUGGUACUACCAGAUUCACUCCCACCUGGAAUACUUUCCCAAACCUGGAGAGAAGAUCUCCUGUGUGGUGGAGCACGCCAGCUCUCAUAGACCCAUGGUCUAUCACUGGGAUCCUUCUCUUUCCGAGUCUGAGAGGUCUAAGAUAAUUCUUGGGUCUGUGGGGCUGGUGAUGGGGGUCGUGAUGGCUGCCGGAGGACUGAUCUACCAUAAAAGAAAACACACAGGCUUUUACAGACUUCCAGUUUGUUUACUUCCACUGCAAACAAUGGACGGCACUGAACAACAGCCGUAACAUCUGGGACUGCAUCAUCAUUCCAUACGACUCGAGAGAAACAUCAAUUGAAGACUGUAUGACAAGAAUCAGGCAUCAGUCAUCUAAGCCUCAACUCCUGAUUGCCCAUUAAAUCUCAUUUAAUAAGCAGUCAAUUAAAAAGGCAAUUAACUCUU